AUGAUUUUUAUUCAGCUUCAAAAAAAAAUAAAUAUUCCUAAAAGAAUUAGAUUGUCUGUAGCACAAGCAUGUGCUGAAUUUUCGGAAUUAGAUGAUCGAGCUUUUGAAGCAAUGAAAGGAAAUGGUUUUCAAAAUUUAGCACAAGUCUUAUUUGAUGCUGGUCGUUCAUGUAAUAACUCGUCGAUACAAGUACAGGAUAUUCUUCCACAUCCUACUACUGUAAGACAAAUCAAAUUUUAA